AUGCGGCGUCGCUGGAAAGUCGUGGGCGGAAGAAGUUCUGGUGGCUUGGUGGUGCGGGAAGGUCCAGACUUGGGCGCCAAGUCUGCCCGUGAACGUUUGGGAACGGGAGCCAUCAUCGAGGAAGAGACGAGGCUGGCAAUUGGGACCUGUGAUCGAUUGCGAUACCGGAAGCUAAUGGGGCAAGGGCCUGAAACUGGCUGGAUAAGUUUCGAAGCUAAUGGGGCACACCUGAUCACCCCAGUGAAGCCAGUCUCUUUCAAGGAGACAUCAUGGCUGGAGACGACGCGAUAUCAGGAGAUUGCCGAAGUGCGCACAGUUGUGGAGGCAAAUUGCACAGACGUAAUGAAUGCGGUGGCAGCAGCGUUCCAAGGUUUCGUUCACAACUCCACGGCUUCGUUUUCGCUCGGCCUUCGGCCCCUGUUUCCUGCGGAGCAAUUUGCGAGCCUGACAGCAGGUUCAGAUGCAGCAAGGACAGAGUUUUCCGUGCUGGUGGCAAGUGACGCAUCAAGACAAUCUGGGGCCCCACUUCGUCCCAGGGAACAUGUUCAGUCCACCGUUUCAGUAUCGGAGCAGUCUUGCAGUGACUCUUCUCGGCAGUUUUUCAUACGUGUGGACUGUGACCGUAUCACCGAAGCCGUCAUGAAAUCAUUUAGCAAAGAGGAAAUUCGUGAAUUGGAAAGCCACUUUGAGGUUGGCUGUGUCUUUUGCACGCUGAAAGUGCAGUCCAGGGCAGAUGGUCGGACAGAGUUGGUCCGUGGACUCCUGGGUGGCAGUGUACUUAUGGAAGCGGCGCCAGGAAUGAAGCCCACAGGCAAGCCAGACUUUUCACAAGCGAUUCCUUUGCUGGCCAGCCAAGUUCUCUUCAUGCUCGACGUGGAAACACGUGUCUGGCUAUCCAUCCAUGGUUUUCGUUUGGUAGACGUUUGGCGUGGCAUACGAAGGCCCUUUCAAUGGGCAGUUUUCAGCGGGAUGAAUACGGCAGCUUCUCAGAUAUAUGCACUCGGCAGUGCGACUGAUACCUUGGCUGAGCAAGAGCUUGGGCUGGAUCUGCCCAUGCAGGUAAUUGACGAACUGCAGGAAAUCUUGCCUGUAUGUAAGAAUGCUGUUGGCACAAAACAGGGACAAUUUACAGAAGGUUCUGUCGACAUACCGAGCUUCAUAUGGCUGCUCAACCGCGUGUGCAGGAGGGCCGACAAGAGCACUGACAUCUUCAGAGAAUUUGUAGACCUGGGCUCCGGCAGAGGUCAUGCACUUCUUGCAGCGCAUGCGUUUUUUCCUUUUCGUAAGUGCUGCGGGUAUGAGAUUGAUGAAGAAGCUUUUGAUGCUGCUGAAAUGUCAGCCCGGCAAUACAUUCGCUCCGGACUUGCCCUACAAGCGCGCUCAGCGGCACUUCCGCACAAGAUGUUUGUCCAAGCGGAUUUUAUUUCCAAGCCAAACUGGACAGAUUCAUCUGUUGUUUUCGUAAACGGAGUGACGUGGCCGAAGGAGCUUCUGGCUGCUACAGCCACGUUGGCCUUACGUCUAAAACCCGGUUCCGUGAUAAUUGUCGUCGCUCGGCGAUUCCCUGUGGACAAUAUGGAGAUGUUGCGAGCCUUCGAUGUGCGAGGCGAUGCUUGCUUGUUGAGCUUCUCACAAACACGGUGGCCAACACUGGAGUUCCAGCUCAGAGUCAGCCAGAGGCUUCCAGCAGCAUUCGGCUUACGUCUUAGCCGGUGCUUAUUGUUCAUUCUGUUGUCCGGGCGCCAUCCCUUCAAUGCUGAUCCUGGCGGAAGACUGCUUCCCAGCGCUGCGAGAACACAGAGCUCCAGUCAGCCGCCUGAACCAGAUUGGCGGCUGCUGCCUUCUGCUUCCUCAACGUCCCUCUGUGCACAAAUGCUGUCGUGGGAUGUGAAGGCCCGUCCGUCAGCAGCAGAAUGCUUGCGACAUUCCUGGUUGUCAGCAGAGGAGUCCGAUUGCAUGGCCCUGCCCAUGGAGGCUCUUGGCAACUUGCUGAAAGCCCACCACAAAUCUAAACUGCAGGAGAUCACUGCGGGCUUGGCAAUCUCAGAGCAGAUUGCAAGCCCCUUCUCCGCGGUUGGUGCUGCAUUGGCGGUCAAGCGCUCCUUCCCCGACUUAGCAGGUGAUGUUACAGCUCAGGCAAGCCAGGAACCUGUGGUCGGCUCUGUUACGUCAUCAGAAGCCAGCGGUGCUUUGAAGAAAUUGGGGAUGUCCGACAAGGGCAUUGAGAAAGUCAUCAAAGCCUUCUCAGAUGAUACAGGCUCAGUCGACCACAAGCUUCUCAUCUGCCACUGCACAGAAUUGGCCGAGGAUCUACUUGAUCAUGCACUCUGGCGUGUCUUUACAGCGGCCGGCGAAGAUCACAGAGGAGUCUUGGGUGCUGCUGAGCUGGAAAAGGCUCUUGCUGAGAGCGCAGGUGAAGGUGGAGCUGAUAGGGCAGGUGGCGGUGAGCCCGAAGGGCCCUUCGGCUCUGAGAUGAAAGCCAGCGACAUAGUGAGACAGGUGGCAUGUGGCCGUCAGCAGGUCACUUUCGAAGAGCUUCGAGCAGCAGUCAUCCAGCGCCAGUCUGUGACGCAGGCAGACUCUCGAGCGGAGUGA